AUGGACCAAUCUAUUUCUCUAGCCGAUUCUACUACAUCAUCAUCUGUUGCACUCACAAACCCAGAACAACCUGCACCUCUUCCACCUUCUACUACCCAUCUUUCUACCAAUCCACCUGUCAGAGUCUCUCAGCUUCCCAAACAAGCCCUUGUUUGGCAAAAAGAUUAUGUUCUUAAUCACAUACUAGUACCCAGACCCGCCUUAUCGUCUUCCUCACCGCCGAUCCCUCACAACGAGCUGCUGCAAAUCUCAAUUGGCAACAAGCUAUGUGCUCUAAACUUGAGGCUUUAA